AUGACAUUAUAUUGCCUGUUUGAAGAUUUAUCUCCCUGGAUAUUCUUGGUAACUGCAAUACCAACCAUGCUAACGGGAAAUAACACUACAUUUUUUGCCAUAAUACUAUCCUACAUAUCCGAUACUUCAACAAAGGAAACUAGAGGUAUGAGAAUGGCUUUUUCUGAAGUGGCCUUAGCAACUGGAUCUCUCUUGGGAAGCAUUUCAAGUUCUUACAUAUUUUACGCCACAAAUUAUCCAUCCAUGUUUGCCAUUGGUUUAGGAUGUUUAUUAAUCAGUAUUGCUUAUACGACAUUUUUUGUACCUGAAUCUAUAAAAAAUAUCUCCAAUUCCAAGGAAAAUAAAAUAAAUAACGAGGCUAAAAAAGAAAAACUGAUUCAGUUAAAGUUAUUUAAAGAAAUUAUUCAAACUACAAUUAAAAAACGGGAAAACUAUGGCAGAUCGAUAAUAGUCCUAACAAUUAUCUCUAUCAUAAUUUACAUCUCCAUCACACAUGCAGAUACAUCUACGCGAUACAUGUUCCUUCGAGGAAAACUGAACUGGACCUUUACAAAGUACAAUAUUUAUAAUAGUAUUUGUAGCUUAAUUUGGGUUGCUGGUACGAUGACUGGAACUUAUAUUCUUCAAAGGAAAUUUCAUGUUCCGGAUUCCAUACUUGCCUUUAUUGGGUUGAUUUCGAUGUUAAGUUGCAUCGUUUUGCAGUUUCUUGCAACCAACGAUACAAUUAUGUAUAUUGCCGGUGGAUCAAGGUGCUUGAUAGGACUGGUCGCUCCCAUGCUGCGAGCUAAUAUAUCCCGCUUAGUACCAUCUGAUGAAGUUGGUAAGAUAUUCGCAAUGGUAGUAGGAGGUGGAGCUCUCGCAGCUGCUAGUUUAACGCCUAUAUAUACAGUAGUGUAUAACAGUACGAUCUACAUUAAUUCUGCGUUAUACAACCUGACAUCCAUUUCUCUACUGACAGUAACUAUUGCUUUAGUAAUGUUAAUCAUAUUUUUAGAACAAAUAUCUAAAGCUGAAGUUCAGACUGUUAAAGAAGUUGAUGUAAAAGAAAGCUAA